CGUAAAUCUUGCUGGAGAAGUUCUCUUGGUCUGGUCUACCAUGAUGGAUACUGACUGGGUAGAAUACAAGUGUAAGUCUGGCGAGACUCUGUUUAUCUACAACAAAGUGACAGGAGAACACAAGUGGCCUACUGAUGAUUCAGCAGAUGAAACAUGCAUCAUGAUUGGUCAGCCAGUUGUCUACAAAGAGUGGUGCACUAUUGGUACACAGACAGAUGACAAUGGCUGUAAUAAUGGCUGCACCUCCAUCUACACCAAAACUGCCGAUAUUGUCAACAGUACAGAAGCAUCAAUUCAGCAAGAGAAUUGCAGUGGUGAUGAAGGUUUUGAGCCUUUUUUGGAUAAUGGAUAUUGCUAUAAAGAAGAAAGAAGUAAUAAAAGGAAUGGCUGUAAAAUUGAAGUGACACAGCAAAACAGCUUGGCUGGAGAGAGCAGUGAGACAACAGAUGGCCUUGUUAUCAAUGAGGCUGUGAAUAAAGAAAGCAUUUGUAAAAUUGUUGAAUUGACACAGCAAAACAGCUUGGCUGGAGAGAGCAGUGAGACAACAGAUUGCCUUGUUAUCAAUGAGGCUGGUCACGUGAUCCAACAUCGGAUGGUAAUUAGUUCCAAACCCGUGUGUUUGGGUAUCCAGACCCAUGGGUUUGGAACUCAUUAUCAUGCACUUGUUAGGCUUUUAAAACUUCUCGGUCACUUCUAA